GGAGAUGAUUCAUUCUUCAUUUGAGAUAUUUGCGGAAAACUUGAGGCUGUUUAAUUGUUUGUGAUAUAUUUGGUUAUAAUUAUAAACUAGCCUGGAAUUAGGUAAGACGAUGGCCGUGGCGCAGACAGACCCAGCAGCAGCAGCAGCAACGAGAAGACAUGAUGAUGAUGAUGAAGAUCGGGUGAUGAUAUACUUGCCCUUCUCUAAUCGUGUGAAGCUCCAGAAACUACCCCUCCUAACUGAUCAUCUCUCGCUCGGAUCAGAUUUAGACCUAGUUCAAAGUAACCUCAUCAACACCAACCCACUAGAACACAACCCCUUCUUCUCCCAGUCCGAUUGUUUCUACAUAGCCCCAUCUGAUGUCGUCCUCCGCCACAUCAUCUACGACUACAAACACCCUCAACCGAAAGCUGCAGCAGCAGGUGGAGGUGGCGGUGAAGAAGAAAAACAAGGCUACUCUAGUACUACUACUAGUGCCUUGGCAUACCACCGCGCCGGCCCACGACGCCAAAUCUUGUUCGAUGCGUCCAGGAUCAAGGCGGCUAUUGUGACCUGCGGUGGCCUCUGCCCGGGUCUCAACACCGUCGUCCGAGAGCUCGUUCUUGGCCUCUGGGAUCUCUACGGAGUCCGCCACAUUUUUGGCAUCAAGGCUGGCUACCGUGGCUUUUACUCUACGGAACCCCUCCCACUCAACCCCAAGCUUGUUCACAACUGGCACAAGAACGGUGGCACCCAUCUCCAGACCUCCAGAGGUGGUUUUGAUCUUCAAAAGAUUGUCGAUGCCAUCCAACAUCGCGGCUAUAAUCAGUUGUACAUCAUAGGUGGAGAUGGCACGAUGCGCGGGGCUGUUGAGAUAUAUCAUGAGAUAUGUCAGCGCAAACUGAAAAUUGCGGUGACUGGAAUUCCAAAAACUGUGGACAAUGAUGUAGGUAUCAUUGACAGGUCUUUUGGGUUCCAGACAGCGGUAGAAAUGGCGCAGCAGGCAAUCAGCGCAGCUCAUGUGGAGGCGGAAAGUGCAGUGAAUGGAAUAGGGUUGGUGAAGCUAAUGGGUCGAAGUACAGGGCAUAUUGCUCUACAUGCAACACUGAGCAGCCGUGACGUGGACUGCUGCCUAAUUCCUGAAACUCCAUUUUACCUGGAAGGAAAAGGAGGGCUAUUUGAGUUCCUUGAGCAGCGAUUGAGGGAGAAUGGACACGCAGUGUUAGUAGUGGCUGAGGGAGCUGGACAGGAUCAAAUGAUCGAGGCUAAUAACAAUGAUCAUCAUGCUGAUAAUAAUAAGGAUGAAUCAGGGAACCCAGUGUUCCUUGACGUUGGGCAGUGGUUGAAGUCGGAGCUAAACAAGUGGUGGAAGAGGGAGCACCCAAAUGAGCUCUUCACUGUCAAGUACAUAGAUCCGACAUACAUGAUACGCGCGGUUGCUGCAAAUUCAACAGAUAACUUGUACUGCACACUGGUAGCGCAUUCAGCAAUCCACGGAGUCAUGGCAGGGUAUACUGGAUUUGUGUCUGGCCCCAUCAACGGAAACUAUGCUUACAUUCCACUGGAAGAGGUUGCCAAGGCUAAAAAUGAAGUCGACACGAGAGACCACAAAUGGGCCUGGGUUAGAUCGGUCACCAACCAGCCUGAUUUUCAUAUAUACAGCAACGACGACAAGGCCUGACUAUUAAAAUCAACCAUGCAUGCACUACAAAACAGUAAUCAUAUUUACUUCUCUCUUCUGAGUCUUCUCUGUAUUGAUGAUUGAUCAGGCUUUAAUUUGAUCUCUACCUAGUUUGAUGUUUCCAAAUAAUUAACCUCCACUAGCUGCCACCUUCAGAAUAAAGGGUAAAUUCCUACCCGCAUUUUAAACUUUGUAAUAGUUAUGUAGUAGUCAUAUUGUAGGACAAUUCGGAGAUUUUAUUUACUGCUAUCAAUUUCAAUUUUUUUUAU